GGCGGCUUCGGGCGCCGCCGCCGCCACGCCCCGUCCCGGCCUCCCCUGCGCGCCGGCGCGGAGCUCCCUGGGCCGAGGCGGGGCCAGCGAUCUGCGGCCCGGAACGGCUGAGGCGGGUCCUGGGGGCGCCAUGGAGCCCCGGGCGGUCGCAGCAGCCGUGGAGACGGGGAAGGAGGAUGUGAUCAUGGAAGCUCUGCGGUCGUACAACCUGGAGCACUCCCAGAGCUUCACGUUUGAUGACGCCCAGCAGGAGGACCGGAAGAGACUGGCGGAGCUGCUGGUCUCCGCCCUGGAACAGGGCUUGCCGCCCUCCCACCGUGUCACCUGGCUGCAGAGUGUCCGAAUCCUGUCCCGGGACCGCAGCUGCUUGGACCCCUUCACCAGCCGCCAGAGCAUGCAGGCACUGGCCGGCCACGCUGGCAUCUCUGUCUCCGAGGGGUCCGUCCGCGAGUCCGCAGACAUGGAUGUUGUUUUGGAGUCCCUCAAGUGCCUGUGCAACCUCGUGCUCAGCAGCCCUGUGGCACAGACUCUGGCAGCGGAGGCCCACCUGGUGGUGAAGCUCACAGAGCGUGUGGGGCUGUACCGAGUGAGGACCUUCCCCCACGACGUCCAGUUCUUUGACUUGCGGCUACUCUUCCUGCUGACGGCACUCCGCACCGAUGUGCGCCAGCAGCUGUUUCAGGAACUGAAAGGAGUGAGGCUGCUGACUGACACGUUGGAGCUGACGCUGGGGGUGACCCCUGAAGGGAACCCACCCAGGCUCCUUCCUUCUCAAGAGACUGAGCGGGCCAUGGAGAUCCUCAAAGUGCUCUUCAACAUCACCCUCGACUCCAUCAAGGGGGAGGUGGACGAGGAAGAUGCUGCCCUUUACCAGCACCUGGGGACCCUUCUCCGGCACUGUGUGAUGAUUGCUACUGCUGGAGACCGCACAGAGGAGUUCCAUGGCCAUGCAGUGAACCUCUUGGGGAACUUGCCCCCCAAGUGUCUGGAUGUUCUCCUCACUCUGGAGCCACACGGAGACUCUGUGGAGUUCAUGGGAGUGAAUAUGGAUGUGAUUCAUGCCCUCCUCAUCUUCCUAGAGAAGCGUUUGCACCAGACACACAGGCUGAAAGAGAGCGUAGCCCCUGUGCUAAGCGUGCUGACUGAGUGUGCCCGGACGCACCGCCCAGCCAGGAAGUUCCUGAAGGCCCAGGUGCUGCCCCCUCUGCGGGAUGUGAGGACACGGCCCGAGGUUGGGGAGAUGCUGCGGAACAAGCUUGUUCGCCUCAUGACGCACCUGGACACAGACGUGAAGAGGGUGGCUGCCGAGUUCUUGUUUGUCUUGUGCUCUGAGAGUGUGCCCCGAUUCAUCAAGUACACGGGCUAUGGGAAUGCUGCUGGCCUUCUGGCUGCCAGGGGCCUCAUGGCGGGAGGCCGGCCCGAGGGCCAGUACUCGGAGGAUGAGGACACAGACACAGAUGAGUACAAGGAAGCGAAGGCCAGCAUAAACCCGGUGACCGGGAGGGUGGAGGAGAAGCCGCCUAACCCUAUGGAGGGCAUGACAGAGGAACAGAAGGAGCACGAGGCCAUGAAGCUGGUGACCAUGUUUGACAGGCUCUCCAGGAGGUAGGGUCAGAGGAGAGCUUAGGAUCCUGACAAGGCUGCAUUACUUAUGUUUGAAAUCACUUGCCCUGGAGGAAAGCCCCCAGGGGAUGGGCAUAUUGAGGUCAGUAUUGUGCCCAUUUUACAGAUAACUGAGGCUCAGAGAACUUAAGAGACUGUCUAAUGUCCCUGGACUUAUUGGAGAUGGUCCAAUGUCCAAAUUCAGAGACUGUUUAAGGACAAUUUAGAUGUCUCAAUAAACUGCUUAAAGCCAUGAAGUAGCAGUUAGGAUUUGGGCCCAGUUAACAGAAGGUCCAACCAGGCUUCCCCAGUAAAUGGGAGCAGCCUACUUGGUGGAGAGGAAGGUAGCAGCCAGGGGUGAGCAGGACCCCUGUCUGGCCAACUAAGCCCCUUCCCCAGCCC